AUGCUUAAACCCAAGAAAAAUAUUAACACAUCGAAAAAACGAGACGAUGACAACGAUAAUGUUGCUCGCCCUACAACAAGUAGGUAUGAGCCCAAACCUACUUUGUAUUCAUCAAUCAUUCAAACAGAAUCGAAGUUGAGGAACAUUUCACUUUCUCGAUUAGAGCCCAAGCCAAAUACGAUCAAACGAGGUGUCAGGGAAGUAAAUUUUCCAUUGACCGAACAUGUUUAUGACUAUAAUAAUAUGGUAAAUGUCGGGUUAAAUAGCAAUUCAGCUACUGUAACAAAACCCAAGCCUAGGGAAGCACAUUCUACAAAAAAACCAGAACCCAAAUUAAGUGAUUAUUACACACCAAGUUUUGAUAAUGUCCAGCGAAUACAAAUGGACAGCAUAAAAACUAAUCCAGAGUUAACAGUACAGUAUGAUGGUUUGGCAGUGUCGAGAUUACUGAAUGAAAUUGAUGAUUUAAUCUUUAGAUAA